GGGCUCCGCGUGGUGAAGGAGCCGGUUGAAGGGGAGAGAUUCGAGAAUUGAGAAUUAUAAUUAAACAGUUUUGUAUCACUACAGUUAUACGAGCGGUGGAAGUGUGCCGUUAAUCGAGCGCUCGGGCAAUGGUGCGGAUCGUUUAAGGAAUCUCGAGUUCGUUGAAGAGGGAGGUGCGGGAAGCGGAGGAGACGGUGUGGAGACGGACGCAGGCUUCUGCUCUCGCCGCUCGUCCGCCAUGGAGGAGGUCUUACAAACCAUGCGGGAGCUGCGUCUCUCCAGGAGCUCUCCGAACGUCACGGAGAAUGGCAGCCGAGAUGACGGAGGUGGCGGCGGCGGUUCGAGCUCCUACGUGCUUGGCGUGGACUGGGCCGGCGAGCGCCUCGCCGCCGCCUCCUCCGACCGCCGCGUCCGCCUCUUCGACCGCCGCACGCUGCGGCCCCUCGCUGCCCUCAAGCGGCACGGGGGCCCCGUGGUCGGCGUCCGGUUCCCGCGCCACAGCCACGACCUGCUCUUCUCGGCGUCCGAGGACGGAGCCGUGCGCUGCUGGGAUGUGCGGCUCUGCGGCGGAAGAGGAGAGGAGGGUUUGGGUAACGAUCCCGUGGCCGUGUUCCAUAGCAACGGGGGCCGCGCGCUCGCGAGCUUUGACGUGAACGCCCCGGGCUCCCUGGUGUGCGCUGGCACCGAGCGCAGCGACAACGACGCCUUCCUCACGUUCUGGGACGCUAGGGGGGGCCGGGGGUCCGGCCGGGGCCCCUCCGGGGACGUGGAACCCGUGGGGGUCUACGAAGAGUCACACAGCGACGACAUCACCCAGGUCUGCUUCCAUCCGGCGGAUGCGGAGCGCGUGGCGAGCGGCGGGGUGGACGGCCUCGUGAAUGUGUUUGACCUGCGACAGGGCAGUGAGGAGGAUGCGCUGCAGGCCACCUGCAACUCGCACUCGUCGGUGGCGGCGCUCGGCUGGUGUGGGCGCGUGGCGGGGGGCGCCGGGCCGCGAGCGGGACUACCCAACGACAGCGGAGUGGGACCCCCCGGCGACAGCGGAGGCGGCGCCGUGGGACUCUCCGGCGACUGGGUUUUCUGUGCCACGCACACGGAGGGGCUGCUGCUCUGGGACCUGGAGCAGGUCGCCACGGAGACGGACGAUCGCCCGCUCACCAUACUCAACGUGCCCGACGUGCGGAUACCGGAGGUAACCGGCGGUGUGCGGUUGGAUUACGUCGUCGAUGCCUUCUACCACGAGCGGGCUGACCUCCUCUUCAUCGCCGGGGGCACUCACGGCGGCGACCUCCACCUCCUGACACCCGAGUUUGACUCCCUCCGCCGUGGCUCGCCGCCUCUGCGAACCGUGUGCGCCCUGCGUGGGGGUCACCGUGCCACCGUGCGGUGCCUCGCCUGGGAUGGAGACGACCGCGGCUCGCUCGUCACGGGCGGAGAGGACGGGCAGCUGGUACUGUGGCGGCCGCCGGGGCCGGGCCUUGCCGGCGCUGGCGCCGCCGGUGUGGCCCCCAAGCUCCCAUCGGCCGUGCACAGGAAGGGGCGUGUGCGCUCGACGGCGCCAUACAAGACCAAGCGGAAGUGACGGCCAAAGCGAUGCAACGCGCUGAUCUCCACUCAUUCAUGUCCUAGGCCCUAAUUCCACUUCACAGUCCUUCAUAUCCUGACUCAACCCCUUCAUAGGAAAAAGAUCCCCAUGCCCUCCCCUCCCCUCCACUGUGUGCUGGUGAAUGGUUGUGCCAUAGGCUUGCAUCAAAUAUAUUAGUGCAGUGUUUCUCAACUCCAGCCCUUGCGACUCCCCCUUUGUCCACCUUCUUACGGUUACCAAUAUUUUGUGUUCUUAUUCCGGACUUUUUCUGCCCUCGUGGAGUUUGCCAACCCGCGUAACUUCACUUUUGCUUGUCUUGGACAUCGUCUCGACGUCCACUCCAUAGUCCUUCAUAUCAUGCCUCACCACUCCGCACCUCUUCUUUCUAGACUUGCCUCUGGGUCUCUGCCCUGAUGCGUACAUGUUCAUCACGAAUCUUUUCUAUUCAUAUACAAAUGAAUGCACUGUAUGUAUCCUGUCUGGAUCUUAUGGGUGGUUGUUUGUGUAAGCUAAGCCUGGUUAGUGGUUGGAUGGGAGAUUACCUGGGAAUGUCUGUGUUGUGGGUGUGGGCUGUGUUCAGGACAUGGCAGUUGGAUCAUUGAAUCUAUUUGUGGAGAUUAAAGUUGUGCGUUUUACGUGGGUUUUUUCCGGGUUCUCCGAUUUCUUUCCACAGCAAUACUCGUUAAUAAAUUGGCUUAACAUAAUUUAGAACCCCCCUUAAAAAACUAGAGACUCAUUAAGGCUCCGCUUGGUAACAAAUGGCAUGAUAACAAAUUUGAAGUGGUUUUGAAAACCAAGAUUUAAAGUACAAACUUUAUUUUUUUUAAAUGCAUAUGAUCACAGCAUAUGCUGACUUAGUUUAGGAUUAUCCUAAUUGAAAGUGUAAGCUUCCGUGCGUGUGACUCACCGUGGUCAGAUUGCUACUGUACAGUUUUCACAACAAAAUCGAGUUGUGCUUGCUCAGGCAAGUCGGCGUUGGAUGGGCAUUUUUUUUAUAUGUCGGAAAUAAAAAAAACACAUCAA